ACAAGAUGAUGAUUUUGAGAUAUUCGGUGCGCUUUCACGUAUUUCCUCAUCCUCCUCCUCCGUUUUACUCAUCGUCGCUCUGUUCAUCUCUCACUUGCCGGGCGUCUAAAGCAUCGUCGGCAAUGUCGACCGUCCGGUUGAUAGACAUAGCAGUCAAUUUCACAGAUGGCAUGUUUAAAGGGAUAUAUAAUGGGAAACAGUACCACGAGUCAGAUAUUGGUGCAGUGCUGAGCCGGGCUUGGAGUGCUGGAGUUGAUCGAAUUAUUGUGACUGGUGGCUCUCUAGAGGAAUCUAAGGAAGCUCUUGCUAUUGCAGAAACCGAUGCCAGACUUUUCUGCACAGUUGGUGUGCACCCAACAAGAUGCAAUGAAUUUGAAGAGAGUGGGGAUCCCGAGAAGCAUUUUCAGUCUCUUCUUUCGUUGGCUAAAGAAGGGGUUGAGAAAGGAAAGGUGGUGGCAAUUGGUGAAUGUGGACUGGACUAUGACAGGCUUCACUUUUGCCCGCCCGAGAUUCAAAAGAAGUAUUUCGAGAAGCAGUUUGAAUUGGCAGAUAUCAUGAAGCUCCCAAUGUUUCUUCACAUGAGAGCGGCUGCUGAGGAUUUUUGCAACAUCGUAGAGAGAAAUAAAGAGAGAUUCAGUGGUGGGGUUGCACACUCUUUUACUGGCAGUGCAGAAGAUCGUGACAAACUUCUUCUAUUUCCUAAUAUGUUUAUAGGUGUAAAUGGUUGUUCUCUCAAGAUGGCUGAGAACAUUGAUGUUGUUAGGGGCAUUCCUGUGGAGAGAAUGAUGAUUGAGACAGAUUCUCCUUAUUGCGAAAUCAAGAAUACUCAUGCUGGGAUUAAAUUUGUGAAAUCCACAUGGCCAUCAAAGAAGAAAGAGAGACAUGAUCCAGAAUGCACCAUUAAAGGACGAAAUGAACCAUGCCAAGUACGGCAAGUCCUUGAAGUAGUAGCUGGCUGCAAAGGUAUAGCUGACAUAGAUCAAUUGAGCAAGACAUUUUACCAUAACACCUGCAGGUGAUUACCUUUUUUUCACUUUUUUUUGGCAAUAUUUGUUUAAGCUCAGUUCGGGCAUGUGUGUAGGAGACCGAUAGAGGUCCGGGUUAGGAGGGUAGAAACUAUAGAAUCAAGAAUUCAAAUUAAAAGGGGUAGGGGUAGACUUAAGAAAACAGGAAAGAAACUAUCAAAAAUGACUUGAAAUAUUUUAAUUUGUCCGAUGAGUUAUGCACUGAUCGAGCACGAUGGCGACAUAUGAUCCAUAUAGCCGACUCCACCUAGUGGGAAAAAAAGGCUUCUUGUUGUUGUUGUUGUUUAAGCUUAGAAUUUUUUAAGUUUUUUUCCUUUCAAAGUGUUAUUUACCCUCUGCAGGAUGUGGACCUUUAAACUUUGAGAAUAUGUGAAAGCAAUAUUGGAAGUUUUUACAUAUGUGAUUUCAUUAGUAUUCUUUUGCCUUAAUGCUCAAGAGUUUUUAGAGCGUGUCUUAGUUAUUGAGCAAAGAUGAUUAUAUUACAUCUGAAUCAUCAACAAAAUUUGGUUGUUGAUCAGGGUUUUCUUCCCUCAAGAUGUCGACUCUGCAGCAGAUGCACUUCUUCUUGGCCGUGAUACUACUGUAUAAAAGAUUGCAAAGCUUAUAUUUUCACAACCAGGAGAACAUUCCUUUGUCACUCUGUGCCCCCGCCCCCGGGCAGAUGUAGAGAAACUACAAAAAGCAACCAAUGGCCUAUGAUUUUGAUGAAACUACUAUGAUGUGUCUAAGCAGGAUGUAGUCAAGAAUCUUUGUAGCAUUCCAAUUUUCUGCAGGACUCCAUUUUUGUCAACAUUUCGCUUCUUGCUCUAAUUGGCAUAGAAUGAUUGAUGUACACGAGUUUGCAAUUUUUCUCCACUGCACUCCCAUAGAUUGAUUCAUCUUCCUUCUAUUUCCAUAGAACAAUCUUUCCAUGAGAACUUGCUGGAAACAUAAGAGGGGUUUUUCGUUAUACACUGCAGGGAGAUUAUGAACC